AAAAAAACUCAUACUUGGCCCCCAAGCAAAACCCCUCACUAUAAAAGCAGAGUACACAAUUCCAAAUUCUCACCGACUCAGUUACUUCUGCUAUUACUACCACCAAACCCUACAACCAGUCUUUGAUUUGCAGAUUCGAAUCCUCCAUCAACAUGGCUCCUCCUUCCCUUCUUGGCCCACCAGAACUCUAUGCCCAAACACAAGUUUCGGGGACAGGAUCAAAACCCGUCACCGGCGACUCUUUCGUCGAUCUCAUGGUGGCGAAUUUCAACAAAACACAAAUCACGCCCCAACCUCCGAUGGGGUGGACGGAAAACGCGUCGGCAACUUACCUAUCGUCAGGGAACCCCUGCCUGGAUUUCUUCUUCCACGUUGUGCCCGAUACCCCACCCGAAUCGUUGAAGGAGAGGCUCCAGUUGGCCUGGGCCCACGACGCUUUGACCACACUGAAGUUGAUUUGCAAUCUGAGAGGCGUACGUGGUACUGGCAAGUCAGACAAAGAAGGGUUUCAUACGGCAGCGUUUUGGCUGCACAAGCAUCAUCCGAGGACCCUCGCGUCCAACGUGGCUGCGUUUGCCGACUUCGGUUACUUCAAGGAUUUACCCGAGAUCCUUUAUCGGAUCCUUGAGGGACCCGAAGUGAGGCAGAAGCAGAAGGUGGAGUGGAUGCAGAGGAAGAGAGGAAUAAGGAGGUUCUCUUACCCGGGGAGGUUCGGGAAACCCAAGUCUAAGAAAACUAGAAAACCUAAGCACACCGAGCCCAAAGAAGUGCGGAUAGCCAAGGCGGCUGAGUGGUCGAAAUCGGAGAAAGAGAAAGCGAGUGCGGCGAGGAAGGAGAGGAAGAUAAACAUGGCCAAGAAGAUUGUGGACCGAUACACCGUGGAUCUUGAUUUUCGGUUCUUGUACGAGAGGAUCUCGGAUUUGUUUGCAGAGUGUCUUAAAAAUGAUAUGAAAUUCUUGAACUCCGGCGAAUUGAAGAAGAUUAGUCUCGCUGCGAAGUGGUGCCCUUCGAUUGACUCAUCUUUUGAUAGGGCUACACUUCUCUGUGAGAGUAUUGCGAGGAAGGUGUUUCCUCGUGAGGAGUACUCGGAAUAUGAAGGAAUAGAAGAUGCACAUUAUGCCUAUAGAAUCCGAGAUCGGCUGAGGAAGGAUGUGUUGGUACCGAUUCAUAAGGCGUUAGAGUUACCGGAGGUGUACAUUGGGGCUAAUCGAUGGGACAUUUUGCCUUACAACAGAGUAGCCUCCGUUGCUAUGAAGUUGUACAAGGAGAAAUUCAGGAAGCAUGACAGUGAAAGGUUUUCCAAGUACCUGGAAGAUGUGAAGUUCGGCAAGGCCACGAUUGCUGCUGGUGCACUGCUUCCUCACGAGAUAAUUGCAGAAUUGGAGGAAGACGGAGGGGAAGUGGCGGAGCUUCAAUGGAAGAGGAUGGUGGACGAUCUGUUGCAGAAGGGUAACUUGAGCAAUUGUAUGGCUGUGUGCGAUGUCUCCGGUAGCAUGCACGGGGUACCAAUGGAGGUCUCGGUUGCAUUGGGUGUGUUGGUCUCCGAGUUGUGUGAAGAGCCAUGGAAGGGAAAGCUCAUAACCUUCAGUGCAUACCCAGAACUGCAAAAGGUGGUAGGUGAAAAUCUCCGUGAAAAGACGGCGUUCGUGAGGGGCAUGGUCUGGGGGGGCAACACAGACUUCCAGAAGGUGUUCGAUCUAAUUCUUCGAGUGGCUGUGAAUGGGAAGUUGAAGGAGGAGCAAAUGAUAAAGAGGUUGUUUGUCUUCAGUGACAUGGAGUUCGACCAGGCCUCAAUGAAUCCAUGGGAGACAGAUUACCAAGUCAUAGUGAAGAAGUUCACGGAGAAAGGGUAUGGGUCCGCUGUGCCGGAGAUUGUGUUUUGGAACCUGAGGGAUUCGAGGGCUACUCCGGUGCCGGGAACCCAAAAAGGAGUAGCUCUUGUCAGUGGGUAUUCUAAGAAUCUGAUGAAGCUGUUCUUGGACGGGGGUGGUGUCAUUAAUCCAGUGGAAGUAAUGGAGAUGGCAAUUGCCGGGGAGGAGUAUAAGAAACUGGUUAUAAUGGACUGAAAUUGUGUAUAGCUGCUUUGUUUUAGUUGUAGUUUUUUGCAUAUCAAAUAGACAAAUAAUAUGCGAGAAUAUUUGAAAGAAAUGCUUCAGAGCCUUUUUGUUGUCUUCUUAUGGAGCUUUUUUUUAUCUGAA